AUGGAGAUGGAUUCGCUUCCCAACGGCUCUGCCACGUCACCGGGCCCAAGCCCAGGCCCGACCGCCGCGGCCGCUCCGUCAUCGAAGCUGAGCCACCUGUCGGAGUCCCUGAAGCUCGAGCACCAGUUCCUCAGAGUCCCCUUCGAGCACUACAAGAAGACGAUCCGAGCCAACCACCGCGUUGUCGAGAGGGAGAUGUCCGCCGUUAUUAACGGCGUCUCCGAAGCAGCCGACCGCGACGACAUGUCUUCUGACGACGCCGUUAAUCAUCUUAGUUCUCUUGUCUCCAGGUUGCAAGGGCUCAAACGAAAGUUGGAGGAAGGGAGUAGGACAGAGCACUUGCAGGCGCAGAGGUGCCGGGCUCGGCUUGACCAUUUAGAAUCGGCAGAUGUGGAGAGUUUGUCUGAUUGGAAUAACACACGCUUGAAUCGGAUCCUAGUGGACUACAUGUUGCGGAUGUCUUAUUAUGACACUGCAGCAAAACUGGCGGAAAGCAGAAAUAUUCAGGAUCUUGUUGAUAUUGAUGUAUUCCAAGAAGCAAAAAAGGUUAUAGAAGCUCUUCAGAAUAAGGAGGUAGGUCCUGCCCUAGCCUGGUGUGCCGAGAACAAGUCAAGGUUGAAGAAAUCCAAGAGUAAAUUCGAGUUUCAGCUGCGACUUCAAGAGUUUAUAGAGUUGGUUCGAGCUGAAAAUAACUUGCGAGCUAUCACAUAUGCUCAGAAAUACCUUGCACCAUGGGGAACUACUCAUAUGAAAGAAUUGCAGCGGGUCUUUGUAACAGUAGCUUAUAAGAGUACUACUGAAUGUGCUACAUACAAGGUGUUAUUUGAGCCAAAGCAAUGGGACUACCUGGUUGACCAAUUCAAACAGGAAUUUUGCAAGUUAUAUGGCAUGACUCUUGAGCCUUUGCUGAAUAUUUAUCUGCAAGCAGGCCUGUCUGCUCUGAAAACCCCAUACUGUUACGACGAUGAUUGCACCAAGGAGGAUCCACUAUCACAGGAGGGUUUCCGGAAACUAGCCCAGCCAUUACCUUAUUCUAAGCAGCAUCACUCGAAGCUUGUUUGCUACAUAACUAAGGAACUAAUGGACACAGAGAACCCACCACAAGUCUUGCCCAAUGGCUAUGUCUACAGCUCAAAGGCUCUUGAAGAAAUGGCCAGGAAGAAUGACGGAAAGAUUACUUGUCCAAGGACAGAAUGUCCUGUGCGUACUGUACAUAAAUCUCUUACUGCUGGAUUUGGCACAAAUUCCGGUGUAAGAACUUGCCCUGGGAAAAUUAUGGUCAUUGCUCAACCUGGCAUUACCAUUGGGAACUUGAACAUCUUUCUUCGACGUGUACAAUAUGCGAGUGUGGAGAAGUAUAGUAUGGGGCUUAGGGUUCAGUUUCAAGUUUCAAUGAAAGCGAGAAUGAUGCAUUUGCUAAUUUGA